AUGAAGGACUCAGAUAGUGUGAAAGAAUACUCUUCCAAGCUAAUGGAGAUUGUGAACCAGAUAAGAAUACUUGGUGAAGACUUCCCAGAUCAGAAAUGUCAGGACCCAGCUAGGGGCCGCAACGGGCAAAAGAAAAAUCAAAGUGAUCAUUCUUCCCAACGAGCAAAUUUCACGGAUGAUCAUCAAGUUGAAAAAUCAGAGAAGGAGGUUUUCAUUGCCUCACACAUAUCACAUGUUGAUGGAUGUAACUUGUAUGUUGACAGCGUGUGCACAAGGCAUAUGGAGAUUGAUGAAAAUCUGUUUGUUACCUUGGAUAGAACUGACAGAACUAAAGUGAAGCUUGGAAACGGUGCAUUGUAUGGGCACAUUGAGAGGAAUCGCAGGCAAAAGAAAAAUCAAAGUGAUCAUUCUUCCCAACGAGCAAAUUUCACGGAUGAUCAUCAAGUUGAAAAAUCAGAGAAGGAGGUUUUCAUUGCCUCACACAUAUCACAUGUUGAUGGAUGUAACUUGUAUGUUGACAGCGCGUGCACAAGGCAUAUGGAGAUUGAUGAAAAUCUGUUUGUUACCUUGGAUAGAACUGACAGAACUAAAGUGAAGCUUGGAAACGGUGCAUUGGUGCAUGCUAAAGGUAGAGGGUCAGUAAAAUUUCCUACUGACGAAGGUAUGAAAAUCAUUAGUGAUGUUCUUUAUUGUAACACUCUGUAA